UAAAGUGAAUUUUUGACUUACGUCAGUGUGGGUGUUUCAGCAGUGUCGGCGGCCAUUAAUCUACGUAUAAUAUUAUAAUUUUUUGUGUUUUGCGCUGCAAUAAAAUUGAAACAAAGAGAACUCAUUCCAUUUCGUUAUAAUCUACUACGCAAUCAUUUUGUUUCGAACACAUUUAUAGUACAAAAUGAAUCCAGAAUACGACUACUUGUUUAAACUCCUCUUGAUUGGAGACUCAGGUGUGGGAAAGUCUUGUCUCCUGCUCAGAUUUGCCGACGACACCUACACAGAAAGCUAUAUCAGUACAAUUGGAGUGGACUUUAAAAUUAGAACUUUAGACUUAGAUGGAAAGACAAUAAAGUUACAAAUAUGGGACACAGCGGGGCAAGAGAGGUUCAGAACAAUCACUUCAUCUUAUUACAGAGGAGCACAUGGAAUCAUCAUUGUUUAUGAUUGCACAGAUCAGGACUCGUUCAGUAACGUAAAACAGUGGCUGGAGGAGAUCGACCGCUACGCGUGCGACAACGUCAAUAAGCUGCUCGUGGGCAACAAGUGUGAUCUCACAACAAAGAAGGUUGUGGACUAUACCACAGCUAAGCAAUACGCAGAGCAACUGGGAAUACCGUUCCUGGAGACGUCAGCGAAGAACUCCACUAAUGUGGAGCAGGCCUUCAUGACGAUGGCGGCGGAGAUCAAGGCGCGCGUGGGGCCGCCGUCCGCCGGCACCGCGCCCGGCGGACCGGCCGUCAAGAUUGACCAGGGCCGCCCCAUCGACACCGGCAAGUCGUCCUGCUGCUGAACACGACGCACACGGCUGGCGGCAGGCAACAGCGCGGGGGUCGGGACGCCGGCCGCUAACCGGCAAUUAAAAUGCAAUUACCACAAAAAAAUUCACGAUCGCAUCCCUAUUAUAAAUAAAGUUAAAUUAUAUAUAUUAUAGUGCCGAGCCCGAGCUCGUCGUAAAGUUACGUCAUAAGCUAACUCCGUUUACGUUGCUACUGUCCGAUAUAUUGUUAGUUAAAUGAAGAACGAGGUGAAAUGGAUGGGUGUAUGUUUAUACAUAUUUAUAUAUAAUGAGUAUCGUAGGUUAAUUUCGUGCUGUAAUUCCAAAAUAGGAUUCUGCGAGACCGAGAAGUAAUUGGGAGGGUUGAAUUAGGCCGGCGCACACAUGGCGGAGCGCAGCGCAGAGCAUUUUUCGCAGUCAAAAUAUUAUCGACAUUGUCCUCAUUGAAAUAAUAUUUAAAAUCAAUUGUGCAUCCGUGCAGAUACUCGUGCAGUCACGCGCGUGCUCGCGCUCUGGUAGAAAUUCGCAUAAUGUAUCACGAGAUUAGAAAACCUCUGCGCUACGCUCUGCUCUGCGCUACGCUCCGCCAUAUGUGCGCCGGCCCUAAGACACGUUGAACCUCUCUAGAGUUGCUUUUACUCUAAACAGAGGUGUGUUAACAUCUGGAAUCUGUAGGUAUUGUAAUUAUUACAUAGUAAGAAAUACAAUGUAAAGGCGUGUUGGGAAAGUUGACGCAACGCGGGAAACAAAAGCUGUCUGAUCAACCAAUCGCGUCCGCUCGUGCGGUAGAAAUCCCUUGGACCCGCAAAAGGACCUCAAAAUCGAGUACCCACUGCGCAAGGUCAUUUUUCAAGUUGUCAUUAUCUACAUGUCAUACUAUUUUUUUUGGCGAUUGUCAUAAAUCUACAUAAGUGGGGUCUCAUGAUGCUGUUAUUGAAAAAAAAAAAUCUAAUGCGCCCACGGCAAGUUUAGUCACAUAAAUGAUGAUCAAGAUCUAUUACGUAAAUACUCUAUUCAUGCUGCUCCGGAGGAAUGUUGGAGACCGUAAUAAAUAAUAACAGCUUGAAAUCAUAACUACAUAUUUCUAUUUAAUAUCUUUAGUGUUACAAAUUAUAAAAUCCGACAAAGACGCCAUGACACACACAAGUCAUAGACUUACGCAGAAUCAUAGAUUAAUGUACUCGUUUACACAGACUAAAGAAACUGAUAAAAUUAUCAUCAACAUACUCCAUCUAUUUUGACUACUUUUAUCAUAUAAUUCCCCCUAUUUACUUCUUGAGCUCCUGGAAUGUGUAAGAAGCGGGCUAGACAUGAGCGCGAUGUUUUAUGCGAAAUGUUAUGUGUUAUUGUAUCUAGCGUUACGAACCUUGUGUGAUCAUCGGUAUUUAAGGUGAAUACUAAAUUACUAAGUAAAUAGUGUCCAAUUUUAAGGCGCGGUGUCACUAGCUAGACUGUCUGUUGCUGGCUGAUUCUGAGGCUGAAAUCUAUAGUGUACUUUGACUUUGCUCAGACUUUAAGAGUUAAAAAGAGACAGAUUUAUGUGAAAGUCAAACAUCUGUCUCGUUUUAACUGAAUCUUAAGUCAGAGCAAAGUCAAAGUCCGCUCUAUAGAUUUUGACUUUGCUUUGGCCGUGAUUACACCUGUAAGUGUAAGUAGCUUCCAUAAUUAGCUUACGACAAAACUAAUGUAAACACUCUCAUAAGUACAUUUACCUUAGUGAAUUUGUUGUCAAUUAAUUACGUAAGCUACUUACGUGAGUAAAACUUACAAGUGUAAUUGCGACCUUAGACUUAAGACACAGUUAAAACGAGAUAGAGUUAUGUACUCUAUAUAAAUCUAUCUCUUUUUAACUCUAUCUUAAGUGUGAGCAAAGUCAAAGCACCCGAAUGUGUGAUCAGCAUUAUAAAUUAUAAUACACAAGGGAAAGUGAGCCGCUGGUGUUUGUAAAGUAAUUGGAACUUAUCGUGUCUGAUCGUUGUCCAUUUCGUGCGUAGGCUAAUUUUGUUUGUCGAAGCUUCCGUUGCGUUUCCUCGUUCCAAACGUCACCGAGGUACUAAUUUUUUUAUAACUUCGUCUGCACUGGGUGUUAUUCCGUAUAUAUAAUGUUAUUUGUCAAUCUAUCAAUCGUAAAUGCGUACUGGGGUUGUGCUGUGUUCAAAAUUUUGUGUUAGAACUUCUUAUUUCGAAUACCGUCAUAUACAGUGUAAACUCUGUAACGAAAUUCUCCCUAUAUCAUACACAUUGUUUGAGUUUCGUUUAAGUAUAUAACCUUUAUAUUUAACUCGUACCCGUGUGUAGGUAUACUUUUUCAUUAACGAAAGCAAAUGUUCAAGGCCCCUUGGAUUCGUUAUAGAGAGUUUACACUGUAUAUUUUAACACAAAAUUGUAGAUAUAGCAAAUUGGCCUUAGUGAAAUUAGACAGAUAUGUAUAGUAAACUUACUUAUAGCCAUCAAUUACAAUCAAGCGGGAACAUAGUAUUAAUUAAAAGACAUAUUCAAUAAUAUAUACUGAUGAUAUUAUCACUUUGAUGAUGACGUGAUGAAUUAGAAAAAAAAUAUCGCUCGAUGUUUUAAAUAACAACUUGUAUGUAUGCUAAACUCAUGACCUAAGAAAAUAUACGUUUAGGACAGGCUGACGAGGAGGUCAUUUUUAGUGCCAAACCAUUAUAGGCUUUACUCUCGUUGAAAUAGUAUCGAAAAUCAAGUCCGGCUAAAGUGUCAAUUGAUUUUCGAUAUUAUUUUAACGUAAGUAAAGUCAAUAAUGGUUUGGCAGUGAAAAAUGCUUUGCUUUACGCCUCGGCCGCCCAUUAUUUACUAACCAGCCUAUUUCGCGGAAGCUCAAACCACUUAAUUUUUAUCCAAGUUUCAAGUUCAGAAGUUGUCAAUUUUAAUUAUCAACUCAUAAGUAAUAGGCGGGACUAAAUAAAUUGAAUUGGAGGACAAGACUGUUGGACUGUUGUUCUUCAAACAUAAUACGAAAACACCUAACCAUUCUGAUAUGAGUAACAAGAAUCUCACAGCUAUUGAUGAAUAUGUGAAACUACCAAUAGAUCUAGCCGAACUAAAAAUUGGUUGUCUGUAAAGUCGGUUUACUGACGAUAGUUGAACGUGACAACAAAGGCCGGUUGUGCUUCUUUGUCGCUCGUUCCGCGCUCUCGCUUGCACUUCAAGCCUUACAUGGAACGCCUCAGAGCGAGGUAACGCCGCAUGAGUCAUGUUUUUUCGUGCGUGCAGCCGGCUCUAUCGAAUUAUAAGACGUUGUCACGUCAAAACUUUCACACAACAAUAUAAGUAAGUUUCAGUUUAUAUCCCCCCCAAUGAAAAAAUUGAGGACAGAAAUUUGAACUGAAUAAGUAUGCUAUAAUUUCUUUGUAUGUCCUUACUUUGUCUCAUUAAAGGGACCUUUUGAUAAACAAGAAAUUAAUAAGUUAACAAUAAUUUAGAACCAGUGCCUUUGUUUCUCACUUACAUAAAUCAAUGUUAUGAAAUUAAAAAGCUUUAUUGUUAUUUACAACAUCGAGCCCAAUGAUAAAUUAUUUUAUUGUUUCGAUAAUAUUAAUUAUUGUAACUUACUCAAGUAAUGUUAUUUUUGUACUAUUACGUGAAGAAUGUUAAGUUUACUUAAUCGAUCCGCUAACCCACUGUAAUUCUGUAUUGAGGGUUUCUUAGAAAUUAAAACAGUAUGCUAUUUAAA